AUGUGGAUUCUAGUGGAAGUGCUUCUGAAAUAUGUAACUCCGUGGGGUUAUCUUUUGGACGGCGGAGGAACCAAUGAUAAUCGUAGCUGGAAAGUACACCAUAUUGAAGAUGCAGUGAAAUCAUAUAGCUUCACUGCAUCUCUAACAUGGGGAAGAUUAUUUUCUUCUCAUCAUCCCAAAUAUGCGGCAAGUGUAGUCAGGUAUCCCUUUGAGAUCCUCGUUGAAGUCUGA